AUGACCCGCCAGAGCCUCUGGGACGUGUCGGAGGCCGACGUCGAGGAUGGAGAGAUCCGCAUCAAUGUGGGCGGCUUCAAGAGACGGCUGCGUUCCCACACGCUGCUGCGCUUCCCCGAGACACGCCUGGGCCGUCUGCUCCUCUGUCACUCACGAGAGGCCAUUCUGGAGCUCUGUGAUGACUAUGACGACGUCCAGCAUGAGUUCUACUUCGACCGGAACCCUGAGCUCUUCCCCUACGUGUUGCAUUUCUAUCACACCGGCAAGCUUCACGUCAUGGCCGAGCUGUGCGUCUUCUCCUUCAGCCAGGAGAUCGAGUACUGGGGUAUUAAUGAGUUCUUCAUCGACUCUUGCUGCAGCUAUAGCUAUCAUGGCCGCAAAGUGGAACCUGAGCAGGAGAAAUGGGAUGACCAGAGCGACCAGGAAAGCACCACUUCCUCCUUCGACGAGAUCUUGGCCUUUUAUAAUGACGCUUCCAAGUUCGACGGGCAGCCCCUGGGCAACUUCCGCAGGCAGCUGUGGCUGGCGUUGGACAACCCGGGCUACUCAGUCCUAAGCAGGGUCUUCAGUGUCCUCUCCAUCUUGGUGGUGUUGGGCUCCAUCAUCACCAUGUGCCUCAAUAGCCUGCCAGACUUCCAAAUCCCGGAUAGCCAGGGCAACCCUGGUGAAGACCCCAGGUUCGAAAUCGUGGAGCACUUUGGCAUCGCCUGGUUCACAUUUGAGCUGGUGGCCAGGUUUGCUGUGGCCCCUGACUUUCUCAAGUUCUUCAGGAAUGCUCUAAACCUUAUUGAUCUCAUGUCCAUUGUCCCGUUUUACAUAACUCUCGUGGUGAACCUGGUGGUGGAGAGUUCUCCUACCUUGGCUAACUUGGGCAGGGUGGCUCAAGUCCUGAGGCUGAUGAGGAUCUUCCGAAUUCUCAAGCUGGCCCGACACUCCACAGGCCUCCGCUCCCUGGGCGCCACCCUGAAGUACAGCUACAAGGAAGUGGGCUUGCUCUUGCUCUACCUCUCGGUGGGGAUUUCCAUCUUCUCUGUGGUGGCCUACACCAUUGAGAAGGAGGAGAAUGAGGGCCUGGCCACCAUCCCUGCCUGCUGGUGGUGGGCUACUGUCAGUAUGACCACCGUCGGGUAUGGAGAUGUGGUCCCAGGGACGACAGCCGGGAAGCUGACCGCCUCGGCCUGCAUCUUGGCAGGCAUCCUGGUGGUGGUGUUGCCCAUCACGUUGAUCUUCAAUAAGUUCUCGCACUUUUAUCGGCGCCAAAAGCAGCUUGAGAGUGCUAUGCGCAGCUGUGACUUUGGCGAUGGAAUGAAGGAGGUCCCUUCGGUCAAUUUAAGGGACUACUAUGCUCAUAAGGUUAAGUCCCUCAUGGCAAGCCUGACAAACAUGAGCAGGAGUUCACCCAGCGAACUGAGUUUAGAUGAUUCUCUACAUUAG